AUGGCAUCCGAAAUGCAGAACUCGAAUCCCACAAUAUUGAAUGCUGCUGAUCUUCCAACACGCUUGCGGCCUGCACUGUCUCGCAAGCCUGGUAUUUUUGGGAAUGGUCUCUUCGCAUCCGCUCUUCCUUCUGUGGAUGCGAGAGAAAUUUUCAUAGAUAACUUUACUUCAUCGUCAGAGUCAGAAAGUGAUGAUGAUCUGUUGGAAGAGCCAAUAGAUGAACAAGAAAUCUACGAUCUUGUAUCGACUAUAUCUGAUCCGGAGCAUCCGAUAUCGUUAGGAGCUCUAGCGGUUGUGUCUCUCCCUGAUAUUUCUAUUACACCAACUCUCUCAUAUGUACCAGCUUCGCCCCUUCGAACAGUUACUAUCCUCAUCACCCCUACUAUCACGCACUGUAGCCUCGCCACAGUCAUAGGUCUCGGUGUACGUGUUCGGCUUGAGCAAUCUCUUCCUCCCCGCUUUCGUGUGGAUGUGCGAAUCAAAGAAGGGACACACAGCACUGCUGAUGAAGUUAACAAGCAGCUGGCGGACAAAGAACGAGUGGCCGCUGCUUUGGAAAAUGGAACACUAAUGGGCGUUAUCGCGAAGAUGCUAGAGACAUGCCAGUGA